ACGAGAUAGCGAUGUGAUAUUACGAAGCCUUCACCGAGAAAGUAAUCCCUUUAAACUGCGUAGUAAUAAAAAGAAGUCUGAUUUCAAGAUCGUCACUUAAACAAAAAUCUUCUAACAAGCACAAUGAAUCUCCUGUACGCCCUCCUGUUUGCUCUCCCGGCCAUGGCCAUGGCCCUUGACACCCUCAAGCCCUUCAACUACACGGCCACCGUCAUGUUCAUUGAGGGCGACAAAAACCACGACGGUUUCAUUGACAGACAGGAGCUGGACGCCAUCUACAGGGGUUACGACGCCAACAACAACGGCAGAAUCAGCAGACAAGAGUACACCCAAUACAUCCAGCUGCACGCCCCCAACCUGUACCAGGUCGCACACGCCAUGUACGACAUUUACGACGUAGACAACGAUGACCAACUUGACCACCACGACUUCGACAACUUCUACGCUCUGAUGGACGGUGAUGGAGACGGGACUGUCAGCCAUUUUGAAUAUGUUAGAUACUGGACGAUUCUCCUAGGGGAUCUGGAACAAAUAGUUGCAGGAGCGAAGACAGUAGUUGUCCACCCAUAAAACCUGCCCUUAGCCAGCACCAUUGUGAUUCCAUUGUUUGAGAUUUUUAAACUUGUGGUAAUAAACUACAAAACCAUA